AUGUUGCCCUUCACCAUAUGUCUCGUCGCUGGGCUCCAGUAUCUAAUUCACCCCCAGAAACUGGGAUCCAUCCAAGAAACCAUCAACUCGGAUGCCAUCAUCCCAAUCACUCUGCUCACAACCGAUGAGGUCUUUGGCGACCUUGAAGGAAUAUUGCGGCUUUUUGAGUCUUAUGACGACGUAUUCAACUCUGAAUUUGGAUCUAUCCUAGUGGAAAAGCCAGAAGGUAGCGAUAACGAUGUUGUCAAUACGACCAUCACCGGCCGACAGGUCUAUCAUCUGGAUCAGGUAACGGCACUCGAAGACAUGGCAGAGCUCCCAUCUGGGCCAUACUUUUUACACGGGCCCAACCUCCAUCAGGCAUGGCGGCUUUAUGAUGACGAGUUUGGGGCUUUUACUUUUGGUGUGAUACCUGACGAUCUAUACCAGCCUGAUGAAUUCCAACCUCUCACGUCUUCAUCUCUUCAAGGCGACUCGCAGGCAAUACCCGUUCCCUCGCAUCUCUACCAUCCUCGGCCUUCUCCCCGGAAACCCCUCUCCGGUAUCCGCAUCUCCAUCAGCGACACGAUUUCCCUCAAAGGCACCCAUACUACAUUCUCUAGCCGUGCAUGGAAGUCUCUCUACAGGAAUCCUUCAGAUACAACAGCUGAGUAUGCACGAAAGCUGCUGGAUUUUGGUGCUGUUCUCGUUGGGAAGACCAAGACGUCUCAGUUUGGUAGUGGAGCGGAGUGGAUUGAUGAGCAGGCUCCAUGGAGUGCACGAGGUGAUGGGUAUGAGAGGCUGAAAGCUGGUUCUGUUGGAGCUGCGGCUGCUUCGAUUGUAUGUUUGUUCAUACCUGAGAGAGCUGGGACUGACAAUAGUAGACGGGAUGAUUGUACCCGAUGGUGGGAUCUAUUCGAUUGUCACGUAAAUGGGCACCUCAAACUACGCAACACAACUGACGGUUGCAGCUUUGACAAUGCCAGGCUGGUUGGCCGGAGCCUAGAGGAUCUGCUCGAUCUCGCGGCCAAGACUCUUGACCAACACACACAGCAGCCUAGGUCUCUAAAGAGGAUCCUUUACCCUGUUGAUCUGGCAUCAGUCGACGAAACGCAACAAGAAGCUAUCAAUAGUUUUAUGGCGGCCUUAGAGGAACUCCUGGGGGUCGCAGUCCAAAACAUCGAUAUUGGUGCAGCCUGGGCUGAGAACCCUCCAGACGACGCCUCGGAUGAGGGCAUGCAGGCAUACAUGAGAAAUACCCAAAAAGAACCCUUCGCCGAAUCCACGCCGCAAUUCUUCUGGGAUAAAUGCAAAGCAACAACGGAGACGGAACACCGAAAAGACCUCAAACGGCUCAAGAUAUACCGGCAAUGGUUCCACGAAAACAUCAUGACCCCCAACGCCGACGCUAUCCUCGUCCUCCCGUGUGGCAAGUCGUCUCGGGUUGAGCAUCGGGAUGAAGCUGUGGCUCCACCAACCAUCUAUGAAGGAGUCGGGCCUGAGAUCCUGGCUUCCAUCUUGGGGGUGCCGCAUCUGGCAGUUCCUUUUACCCAGGUCCCUUACGAGUCCCGUAUUAGUGGAAGAACAGAGUAUCAGACUGUAUGCGUCUCCGUCAUUGGACCUCAAGGAAGCGACACGGACAUUAUCCAACUCGUCAGGCAAGCAUUGGAGAAAGCACAUGUCCAAACAAGGGUAGAAACCGGCCGAUUCGCCUUUCCAGCCGACACUCUCAGGAACGGCAGAUAUCCCAAGCCUGCGGGAGCGGUCAGCGGUCAGCUGCAGCGGGCGUCGACAGGAAAUUUUUCUUCCCCCCAGAUGAAAGGCCCCUUGCCUCCCCCACACGAGAUUAUUGUACGAUGGCAUACAGUUCGUAAAGUGUUUGGGGUCCCCGGACGAUGGAUGCGGCCGGUUAAGAGAAGUCCGGGGCCGGGUCAUGCGGGGGGAAGAUGCUCCCCGCUUUUGUGUUGCUGGCAUGAUGGCGGAUAUUUGAGAGCCACAUCACCAGCACCUCCCGUCCCCGUCUUCUCCCACCCCGGCUCACCCUACCAAACCAAGCUCACCAUGUCUUCUUCCACCUCAAGGCCUCGUGUCCUGCACAUUGGAGACCCCAUCAAGUAUAACCCGGACACAUACAUCCGCUUCAUCGGCCAGUGUGAGCUCGUGAGGCCAUCUGCCGAGGAGCGGGACCGCCCGGCAUUCAUCAAGGCCCUCAAGGAGCGCCGAUGGGGAGACUUUCAGGCUAUUUUCCGUCCCUUUUGGGGUACUGGGGGUGAGAUGGGGAAUUGGGAUGCUGAACUGAUUGAUCUUUUGCCUGAGAGUGUCAAGGUGUUUGCGAGUGCAGGCGCUGGGUUUGACUGGGCAGACACGAAGCUCCUAGGCGAGCGAGGAAUCAUCUACUGCAACUCUGGUCUUGCAGCCGCCGAAGCAGUAGCCGACUUUGCCAUUGCCGCCAUCAUCUCUACAUUCCGUGUUCUUCCCUGGUGUAUCUCAGCAGCCAUGUCGGGCGACGAGGAAGCCUUUCAGAUCAACCACCGCGACGCAACACUGCAGUCGUAUAACCUACGAGACCAGGCUCUUGGUCUAAUCGGCUUCGGCAACAUUGGUCAGCAGAUUGCAGCCCGCGCAUUUCACGGUUUCGGAAUGGACAUUCACUACUACGACGUACUCCCCAAGCCAGCACAUGUCGUAGCUCCCCUGAGAGCCACACACCACGAGACACUCGCCAGUCUCCUAGCUCGAGUAGACUGUGCUGUUCUCUGCACACCCGCCGGAGACGGAACCCUGAUAAACGCCAAAACCCUGCCCUUGUUCAAGCGCGGCUCCCGCUUCGUCAACAUCGCCCGUGGUAGUCUGGUAGACGAAGACGCCCUAACAACAGCCCUACAAGACAACCAAAUCUCUAGCGCAGCUCUAGACGUGCACGCCACAGAACCCAAGAUGCACACCGGUCUUUUGGAGUUGGCUCGUCAGGGUAGGGUGAUGCUCACGUGUCACAAUGCUGGCGGAACUGUGGACACGCACAAGGGGUUUGAGGAGCUGAGUAUGAGAAACAUCAUGGCUGUGUUGUCGGGAGGUGAGGCUAUUACGCCUGUGAAUUUGCAGUUUUUGAAGAAGUGA